CUAGAAGUCUGAUGGAUGCUUCAGCUUCAGCAUGUUGUUCAGUAGAGAAAACCGCAAUAGGCUUCAAUGGAUACUCAAAAAUCAAUAAUAUUAGUAAAAAUUCUAGGGAUUUGUUUUAAAAGAUUGACAGUUUCCGGCAACUAAGAUACGACAUUUCGUCAUGCCUUGAAACUACUUGACUUUUGCCCUUUUUUGUUGAGCACCAAAAAUGGAGGAACUAGAUGCAUUGUUGGGUUUAAAGAACACUAUUAGUAAAAACGAGAAACCAAAACUUCUAGCAAGUGAAAAUACCAAUUCUGAAGUAGAAAAUUUAUCGGAUGCUAAGUUCGUCGCCUUUACAGAGUCACCGAAGCCCUUCAGUUUAGAUGAAAAUACAAAAUUUAUAAAGUUAGAAACCAACGAACCAUUUACACUUAGAAGCAUAUAUUUUGCUUGGCUCCUGAGAGAUUCCAGUAUUGCUGACUAUAUCCAACAAUGCUCGGAGUAUGGUAUUCGCAAUUUAACCUUUUUGGAAAGAACCGAUUUGAUUUCUUGGUUAGAAGGUUCUGCUGAAAGCGAACAUAUUGUCGGAUUAGAAGCUAAACAAACUGAAAAGGCAGAGGUUCCAACAAGAGAACAGAAAGUUGGAGAAAAAAGUGAUCAGGUAAAAUGGUUGCAAAAUAACUCUCGUGUUGUCUCCAAUCAUAAUACUAUCCUACAUGGUGCCAAGCCUACGAACUUUCUCUCCUUGCGUAAAGAUGUUUUAGAUUAUAUCCACAUGAAUAAAAGUUCUCAUGGCCCAGCUGCUGAAGAUGCUGACAAGUCUGCUAAAAGAAGAAAUCGUGAUCCUAUUAUUUUACUCUCACCAUCUGCUUCUUCUCUUUUGACUAUGCACAACGUAAAGAAGUUUCUUGAAGAAGGCAUUUUUGUACCACCUCUCGAAGCUGCUCAAGCCGCAGGCGGCGGACGCGGCUCAGAAUUGGUAACCGUGAAUCAUAGAAGUUCAAAAUCCAAUUUUGGUACUAUGCGGUUCAUUGUAGUAGAUAACACGGAGAACUUUAAGCCGGACUAUUGGAGUCGUGUGGUGUGCGUUUUUACCACAGGUCAGGCUUGGCAAUUCCGUGAUUAUAAAUGGUCAGAACCCCAUCAGCUUUUCCACCAUGUUAAAGGCUUCCUUGUUCAGUACGUCGGUGAUGCUCCACAUCCCGCUACAAGAGAUUGGAAUGUUGAAGGUGUCUUUGUUGAACGUGUUCGACGACAUACCGAUCGUGAGGUUGUCAGCCAGUUAUGGGACAAAUUAGAGCGAUGGAUGGAAAAUCGGUGGCCUCUUUUGACCGGCAACAGACGAUAAAUAUUACCAUCCUUGAGGAUUACAUGUCUUUAAAGCUCUCCUUUCCAUUAUUUUCUUUCGCAGAUAUCUGGUAAAGACUACUUCUACUAUUAUCUAUCCUCAUACUCAUAUGUACAAGGAGGUGUUCAUAUUUUCAAAAUCAUUUAUACCUAAUCCAUAAAAUAAUUUUUUAAUGUACAUGAAGAAGGAGUAGCAGGGUACGCUCAAAAUCCCCGUACCCGGCGUGGGGCUUUUGCUCGUAUCACUGCUUUUCUAGCAGGUUUUUUUGGUGCAUCAUCAUUAGAGUUUUUUUUUCUGGCAUCCGUCUCACGAUCUGCCACAAUCUGUUCUUCUAACUUCGCUUUAUUAGAGUAAACACGUUCGUAAUUUUCUGUCUCGUUACGAACACGUUCU